AAUAUGCAUUUCUGUAAUCUUCAACACGAUAGUCCUGUUUGCUGAAGACUACAAGCGUGUGGCAAGGUCGACGAUGUUGAGACCGGUGCUCGUCCUCGGUCUAGUUUCAUGUGUCGCAGCGGAUCCUUGCGUGGACAAGUCAGACAACUGCGAGAGUUAUGGAGGUGCAGUAUGUGACGGACUCUAUCUAGCGUGGGCCGCACAAAACUGUCGGAGAACAUGCAACCUAUGUGGAGUAUCGGCAACUGUAUCCCCACCAUGCGACGACGUUGACUACGAUUGUGUGGACUAUGACAAAUCGUCAUGCUCGGAUCCCAGUUACGCAGACUGGGCGAAGUACAAAUGCCGCUACUUCUGCCGUCUCUGUACUGCUGAAGAAUUGGCUGUGAAAGAUUUGGAAUCAAUACCUCCAGUACUUUGUACAGACAAAGUGAACUGCCAUAACUACGGUGCCCAUGUCUGCGAUGAGGAAUACCAGGCCUGGUCUAGACUCAACUGCAUGGAAUACUGUGGACACUGUAAGGGCGUCCCUCAUCCACCUCCAGCCUGCAAGGACACCGUGACCAACUGCAUGGACUUCGGCAGCAGCCUCUGCAGCAACGACACCUACUCUGUUUGGGUCGAUGACCACUGCCGAAAGACAUGUGCUCGUUGUGAUGACGAUGAUGUGCGGCUUCAGACUCCAUAACUCAGCAACCAUUAUUUCGACGACCAGCGGUCAUCCAAACCUGACCAUCCAACUGACCAUGUUGAUUCGUUGAUUUACUAAAAGUUCAAAUGACUA